GUCUUUCUCGCUCUCUCUGAACCUGCUACCAUACAGGAAACGCGGUUCGCUAGGGCUUCCAGAUCUCGCCGGCGACUGGCCUCUACCUGCUGUUCCGGACAGCCAUGUCUGUCGGCAGAUACAUGGCCUUCUCCCCGUCGCCAUCCACCGCGCCUCACUCGCCUCAUAUCUCCGGUCUCCGCACCGCAACCGCCAUCGUCGAGCAGGAGAAGUAUCUGUCGGAAUUGUUGGCAGAGCGCAACAAACUAGGUCCUUUUAUGCCAGUGCUUCCGCACUGCUACCGUUUACUAAACCAGGCAGAAAUUUUACGUGUGACCACACUGUUGGGGAAUGCAUCAAUUUUAGAUCAAGGUGCUAUUGAGCAUGGUAGGCCCCUGUCUACUGGAGGAUUUUUUUCAAAUGGAGCUGCAGCUGAUUUAAAUGGAUGGACAUCAACUUUUCAACCAGAAAGGCUAGGAAUGAUGCAAUCUCCUUCCGGACAUGGAUGGCUUGGAUCACCGGGCGGUUCUUCUGGCAUCAUUAUUAAAAAAACCAUCAGGGUUGAUAUUCCUGUAGACAAAUACCCUAAUUACAAUUUUGUUGGACGUCUUCUUGGUCCAAGAGGAAAUUCUCUCAAGCGGGUCGAAGCUAGUACUGAGUGUCGUGUCUUAAUAAGAGGGCGUGGUAGCAUCAAAGAUCCAAAUCGGGAGGAAAUGAUGAGAGGGAAACCUGGUUAUGAACAUUUGAAUGAACCUCUCCACAUAUUAGUAGAUGCAGAAUUGCCAAUGGAAAUCAUUGAUUCUCGUUUGAUUCAAGCUCGGGAUAUACUAGAAGAACUCCUGAAACCUGUGGAUGAGUCGCAGGACUUGAUCAAGAAGCAGCAGCUGCGAGAGCUCGCCAUGCUGAAUGGCACUCUCCGAGAUGACAGUUCUCAAAUGUCUGGUUCUCUCUCCCCCUUCCACAACAGCCUUGGCAUGAAGAGAGCAAAGACAAGAGGGUAAAUUUGUCUUCUGCAGGUGAUGUUAUUUUGCUUUAUUACAGUUGCAUCUGAUGGUCCCUAUGCAUGCAGAUUCCCCAGCUCUCAAUGAUUGGAUUUCCUCUCAUUGUGUUCCUUUUUACUAUUUAAUGCGAUUUGAAUGAAUUUUGAUGAAGUAAUGUUUGUUUAUCUAGUUGACGAGUUAUUGUUGAGAUUUACAUAAAAUAUGCAGGACCAGUGAGUUAAAAUAUGCAGGAACCAGUGAGUUUGUGUUUGUUGUAUGGCAGUUUUGUAUGGAGAGAUGGGGGGGUUUGUAAAGAAGUUUAUUCGGUUUGUGUAUAAGAUGUGAGGUGCUAAUUCCCCACAUGUAAUCAUCCCUCUUGUUAUGGAUCAAAAUGAUAAAUGAGUUUGCUGAGGACUUUAUCUUAUUAGAGAUUUGAUGAUUGCUUGUUUCCAUUAUAAUAUUGUCUUUGUAUAAAUAAUGAAAAUAUUUUUCUAGUUCA